UGAAACCACUUCCUCCCCUUCUCCCAAUCGGCCAUGUUUAAUUUGACUCAUUCAUGAAAAGUUAUGUAAACACAACAGUAAAGCCAUGGCCGUGAAAGCUACAUAGUAAGCGAUGCUAGAUUUCUGAACUGAACGUGUGGAUGCAGCGCGUUGUUUGUACAGACUGAUCAUUCGCACGAGUAUUAAUCAGCAGCAGUGGGAAUAAAGAAUAGCGUGGGAGGCUUCGGCAGGGUUAUAGGAAAACAUGAGGAAAAAGCAGAAUGUGAAAAACAGGAAAGCAGAAGAGACAACGGUUGUCCAAGAGUUUGCGGUGGAAAAAAUCAUUCGCAGAAGAGUCAACAAUGGAAAAGUUGAAUACUACCUAAAGUGGAAAGGCUUCACGGAUGCAGAGAAUACCUGGGAGCCAGAGGACAACUUGGACUGUCCUGAGCUGAUAGAGGAGUUUCUCAGAAACCUAACUGUCUCAGGAGAGACCGAACAAGAAGGCUGUCAAUCUCUAGACCCUGAGGUCCAGCCCAAACAAGAGAUAAGUGAGAUGGAUGCCGAUACGGCUCACCAGCAGCCUCAGGAGGAGCUCAUUGAGAGGGGUAAUGAGGAGGUUGAUGAUCACAACACUGAGAUCCCUGCAGGCCAGUCCAGCAACCCAGAACCAGAGCGCAUCAUCGGAUGCACAGACCAGCAAGGAGAGCUCAUGUUCCUCAUCAAGUGGAAAAACACAGAUGAGGUGGCUUUACUGUCAGCUGGAGAGGCCAGUAAAAGGUGGCCGGAGUUGGUAAUCCGCUUUUACGAGGACAAGUUGACCUGGCAUGGAGAAGACGAGCAGUGAGAUAAAAAAUAUGUAGCAGUGGAUACUACUGUACCUCCUGGCAGCUUUAAACAUACACAAACACUGUGGCAUUUACUGUUUGACGUACCGUAUAUUCAAAGUGUGUGAAUCCACACUCCAAUGUGAAGCUCUUCCCAACACACUAACCUGUAGAAAUGUGACUGGAGUAUUAGAGCUCUACUGUAGUGAACUGUUUGUACAAGUGGUUUAUUAAUCAGAUGUUGUUGUAUCUUUUAGUCUGUUGUUUGAAAGUUCAUUUGUGAUGUUCAUCAUUCUGUUCUCUUUGUUACUGUGAUCUGAACUGUGAUUACACAUUGGAGGUGACGAAAGAUGGUACAAAACCUACUCGAGAGGAGCUGUUUGAUGUGUAGAUGUACUAUCUGAACUAUUAACCCCUGGUUACGCACUUAUACUGUGAUGGAUCCUGUGAUCUUUGAGGGCGUAGUGUGGUUCAUGCAGGUAUAAAUCUAUAGAUUUGCACAAAACUAGUUGUAGAAUGUGGCCUAUACAAUCACGUUUUUUGUGAACAUCAACACUUUUGUUGUAGGUCAGUGUCACUUUCAUAGCAGUAGUGUAAACAGGCAGUUUAGGUUUUGAGGUUUUGUGUUUAAGGCCUUUGCCCUGCAGUUUCAAUCUUCUGGUUUCCUUUUUUCUGUAAAGAUCACUGUUAACCUUUAAUCUUGAGUGAGCAAUCUUUAGGUGCUUUAAAUAAACAUUAAAUUACCUCACAA